AUGGAUGUCUUGAUUGAAGCUGUUAAUGGUGGAAGAGGAGGUUAUCAAAAUGGCGAUAAUAGACAAGAAGAUUCUGAGCGAGGGUUUGAUCAUAGAGAUGGGCAAAAGCUUCUAAUGUCAUCUUUUUAUAUGGAGGGGACUGCUUUGAUUUGGUUUCAAGAUGCUGAAUCUACUGGUAUCUUUGAUUCUUGGAGUGGGUUUGUGCAUGUUUUGCAAUUGAGGUUUGGGAAUUCAUCUUAUGAUGAUCCCAUGGAAGUUCUUACUCGACUUAAACAGAAUUCCACUGUGGCUGCCUAUAAAACACAAUUUGAAGUGAUAUCUAAUAGAUUGAAGGGGUUGUCUGAAAAUUACAAAUUGACUGUGUUUUUGAGUGGUCUAAAAGAUAAAAUAAGGCUGCCUGUGAGGAUGCUACACCCUCAGAGUCUCAAUUUUGCAUUUGGCCUUGCCAAGAUUCAAGAAGAGUACAUCCUUAGUACUUGUGGUAGUAGUAGAGGAGGGAAUUAUCAAAAUUCCUGGGCUGAUAUGAACCCGUGGCAUAAUUUUCUUGAUCUCAUGGUUGCUAAGAAGGUCGGAUUGAUAGUUAAUGAUGUACAACAAGUGGAGGUACGAGUGGCAAAUGGAGAUAGGACGAGGAGUGAAGUCUUUGAAGAACCAAAAGAAUUACCUCCAAGAAGAAGCCAUGAUCACAAGAUUAAUUUGAAGAAGGGUACAAUGCUUGUUUCUGUUAGGUUCUAUAGAUGGGUCAAGGACGCUUGCCUCAGCUUUGCGUGUGACCGCUACGAUGUCUUCAAAUCAUUAUCAACCAAGGAUAUUCAAAUGGUUGUUGAGGGUGGUUGUCCUAAUCUUUUUCAGAAAUCUGUUAAUUCAGCAAAAAGAUUGAGAGCCUUUGUGCGUUUGGAUGAAGGUGAAGUAUGUAGUACUUGCACUCUACGAGGAUCCUGUGAUAGGGCUUAUGUGAUUUUAAAGGAAGAUGAAGCAGCUGCCUGUACUGUGGAUAUAGUGCGUAUACUGAUGUUCUAUGCACUAGAUCCCCUUGUUAUUUCAGGAGGAGAGAAACCGCCUGGUAGAGAUAUAAUUGAAUCAUCUGCAAGGAAACUGUUCUCUGAGUUGAUUGAUCUGAGUGAAGCAUCCCCUGAUCCAGUACUUCCAAGGCCUGCGUCAAGGGCAUGAAACGAAGAGAGUGUAAAGUUCAUGGAUGAUAAACUGUCUCAAGAUGUUGAGAUGAUGAGUGGGGAUUGGAUGUGUUCUAAAUGCAAUUUUUUGAACUUCUCCAGAAAUAUCGAGUGCCUAAAAUGCCAGGAAGAUGGCUCUAAAGGAGUUGCUGCAGGUGAUGUUGAAAUGAAAAAGGGGGACUGGACUUGUCCUGAAUGCAAUUUCAUGAAUUUUUCUAGAAACAUACGUUGCCUGAAGUGCAAAGCAGAGGGGCCAAUGAGGGUUAGUACAGCGGAGGUGGAAAUGAAAGAAGGAGAUUGGAACUGCUUGCAGUGCGAGUUCAUGAACUUUGCUAGUAAUAGGAAGUGUUUGCGCUGCCAAGAGCCACGGCCCAAAAUUCCUGGAAAAUGGGAAUGCCCCUCAUGCAAUUUCAUGAAUUUUUCUAGAAAUAUACGUUGCCUGAAGUGCGAAGCAGAGGGACCAAAGAGGGUUAGUGCAGCGGAGGUGGAAAUGAAAAUAGGAGAUUGGAACUGCCCGCAAGAAGCUGAAGGGACGAAAAUAGUCAGUCGGUUGCAUUUCAAGCAGAUUUUUCUGGAGCGCUUCUUCCCAAACUCGGUCAAAGACGACAACGCUAUUAAAUUUGCCACUUUGUUCCAGGGUGCUAUGACGGUACACCAGUAUGCAAUCAGAUUUACCGAGUUGUCACGUUGUUGCAUACCUGAUCCCUGA